AUGGCACGGGCGCAUCGGCAUUUUGAGUUCAUAAACGUGUCACCAAAGGCUCAUGGAAAGCCACAGACAGCUGAACGGAGAAAGAUUCGGAGCCACUGUAUGCGCGGUAGGAAUCGACGAAACACUCCCGCGUGGCUGCCCGAGAAUGAUAUAUUUCGAGACCGUCCCGUUGUAGAACCAAAUGCAUCGUUGCCGCCUUAUGAGCAGGAGGAUGGUCAAUUUCCUACCGCGACAUGUGUGAAGUCGCCGCUACUUUCACUCCCUUGCUUGGUUGAUUUCGCUGUUGAAGUUGAUAACGAGUCCUUGGGACUGCUCGCUACUGUUUUCCCUGGCGCCAUGAGCGCCUUUUCUCUUGCUCGGUUUCGCUUACCGUCUCACUUCAGAUCAUCCCAAUGGAGCGAUUGGCUGUUGUCAGAUAGGGCCUAUGUGUAUUCCAUCGUUGCCGUAUGCGCAGUCAUUCAAGACUUCCUUCUGGAAACUCAGCGAUCAAAGCAUACAGCGCUUUGCAUUAGAACAGCCGUCUCUCAGCUCAACGAAAGACUCUCGAGCCACAACAACUCGCUAUCAGACGCCAGCAUUGCCAACGUCAUUGCUCUGACCCUGGCGGCUUUAGUGACAAAUGACCAUCUCGCUAUGACUAUCCACGGAAAUGGAUUGCGGCGAAUGGUGUAUCUGCGGGGAGGUUUCGAAAGCUUUCGCGGUAAUCCGCAGAUACUAGUUGUACUCUCUCGGAUUGAUUUAUGUGUGACACUCAGCUCUGGACAGGGGCCCUACUUUCCUCAGCGUGACCCAGUUGGCCUUGUUUACAGCCUGCUCAAGCCCCAUCCGCAGGCAUAUCUGUCACUUUAUUCACAGCAACCAGUUAUUCAUAUUUUGGACGCACGACUGGUUCCCAUUUUCCUAGACCUACAGUACUUGGCGUGGCGAAUUAAUACGGCGAACAACGCCCAAUAUGAAGGGAUACAGGAAUACGAGGUCCAUGCUGGCAUCUUUGUGGCGCAGUAUAGACUCUGGAAACUGCAGGGAACGAUGUCUGAUAUCCUCGGAGAAUGUCUGCGUGUUGCAAUGCUCGGCUUUUUAACUACGACGUUUAGCCUCAUGAAUAGUCGUAUUAAAUACGACUAUGCCACUGACCAGUUAAGAGUUCUGUGCUGCGCCAUCGAGGUGUCAACACAACAGCUUCGCCCAGUCAUGUUGUGGGUACUGAUGAUUGGGACGCUGGCCUUCUUUGACCCAGAUGAAGAAUGGCUUCGCGAGAAGUGGCGAUCGGGAGUACUUCCGCUUAUACAAGAAUUGCAAUGGAGGGAAGUGCGAGAAUAUCUAAAAGGCUUUCUGUGGAUAGACUCUUGCAAUGAUAGCAAGGGCCAAAUUCUCUUUGAGAAACUAGGACAAUUAGCCAGAGCUAGCUAG